AUGGCUGACAACACUCGCGACCUGCACACACUCAGUACCCUCGCGGGCAAAACAGUGAUCGUAACAGGUGGCGCAAACGGUAUAGGAGCCGAGACUGUACGACUUUUCAACUCACAUGGAGCGAAUACAAUCAUUGCCGAUCUCGAACGCACUCGUGCUGAAGGUGAAGCCGUCAUUCGAUCCUUGCAGCAUCCUACCUCUGCGCUGUUCAUCACAGUCAACAUUCUCAUCUGGGAUCAGAUUAAGGCCCUUUUCUCCCAAUGCAUACAACACUUCGGCAAGAUCGACAUUGUUGUAGCCAAUGCUGGCAUAAUGGAGAGUCAAAGUCUUUUCGAUAUCGAAAACGUCGACGAGCAGGGAGAAUUACGCGAAUCAACAGAAGGGUUUCGCGUGAUCGAUGUUAACCUCAAAGGAACCAUUAACACGUUGCGGCUCGCACUUCAUCACAUGCGACAUAACAAACCAGUUUCGCCUGGUAGUUUGAGAGGGUCUGUGAUUCUCGUUACUUCAACAUCAGGAUACUUUGGAACUACUGGCGUAGGGGCAUACAUCACAUCCAAGCAUGGGCUCACUGGCCUACUUCGAGCGUCGCAGCAAGGUGCUCGAGAUUUAGGCAUCGGAGUCAAUGCUGUUGCUCCGUUCUUCACUCCAACGCCUACCUUCAAAGAGUUGGCUGAGAAAUGGAAGAAUUCAGGCCUCAAGUCGAAUACCCCAGGAGACGUCGCUCAGGCUAUCGCCCUUGCCUCUACGCAGAAGGAGACUGGAAAAUGCUACAUGGUCGUUGGGCGGAAGUCGGUAGAAGUCGAAAAUAGUAGAAACGCGCUUCUUGAGCAGUGGCUUGGACGAGAAACUACAGGGUUGUUGCAAUCUGCUAGCAAACUCUUCGAGGCCAAUGGCUAUCCAUUACCUAAAACAUGA